GUUGAUGUCAUUCGUUGACCUUGAACCCGCGGACAUCGCCGUGUGGGCCGAAGUGAGCGAUCGGACAUGGGACAAUCGCAGUGCUGCUGCACUCCCUCGGUCAGAGAUGACUCGCCGGAGGCCUCCAUCGUUCCUGUGCCAGAGCCUUCAGACCCUUCGUCCUCUCAGGCUUUUCAGACGAAGGAGUUCCCGAUGGAGUCCUUAACAAGUCCUCCCUUGGCCGGGAGCCAUGCGACAGCAGGUCGGGAUAGCUUUGCUACUUUGGUUCCUGAUCGGGCCAGCUUCCGCACCUUGGUGCCAGACCGGGGAAGCUUCAGCACACUUGUUCCAGACAGGAAGAGCUUUGACACUAUGAUGCCCAGCAGAGCAAGCUUUGGUACCCUGGUGCCAGACAGGCUCAGCUUUCAAGCGCCGCUUGUGGAGUCUUCGGACGAAGGCUCUGAGGCUGAGGAGAAGGUUCUGUACGCUGAAUCUUUGGAGGCUCAAGCAGCUCAGAGCAAGGCACCAGCGCCCUCAGGGCCCUCAGGGCCCUCAGGGCCCUCAGGGCCACGCGGCUUCCUAGGCGCCCAACUGAGCCUCACGUCCUUCCUCCCAGGGGUCCCAUGCUCACUUGCGCUCACUUGCGCUCACUUGCGCUCACUUGAAUCAACUUGCGCCCAUUGCCCAUGCCAGGACGCUUCGCCUCGAUUCGAAGGUCAUCCGCACCCUAUCGUGGCGGCUGAUCAAUUCAAUGCAUGCUGCGCAUACUUUAGAAAUCGCUCGUAAUCAUUCGUGCCUUUCGUAGCUCGUCUCACUGCACCACGAAGUGGUGGUCUCGAUGUGGGCAGCUGCAACAGCAGCUAGUUUGGAAUUGCAUUCCAGCCAUCACUUGACCGUCUCGCGGUCCGAAUCUGU